AUGAGCUAUUUAGGCACGUACUGGGAUAAGAGUAUGAAUUUCAGCCGCUGUAAGCGCGCUUCAAGCCUGAAGAAGGCUAACUAUAAACAGCUUUGCAAAUCCCCAUCCCCGUUCUUACGCACAUUUCUCCUCCCGCUCUCUCAACAUCACCGGGCAUUCUCCGAGAGCAAGCAUCUGAUGGCCAUCAUUCAUUCGCAAAGCCAACUCAACCCGUCAAUUGAGGAUACACUAAGUAAACAGGCCACUCAUUCUGCAUUGCGUCGCGUGGAAGAGAGACCGCAUUUCCAAACCCAUGAAAACAUUCACAGUUUCCCACAGAAUGAUGACGCUCGCAACACUGCCGGUAGCCUAAGCUCCGGACUCGACGUGGAAGGGGCAGAGCAUCGGGUUAUGCAGGGUACACCCACCGACUUGUCUAGUCUUGCCAAUGAAAUGGUCUUUGUUUUCCUGUGCUCCAUGGGCCUCUUACUCUUUGGGGUAUUCCUCGGAGACGUUCUCGUGAAUCAGCUCAUCUUUCCCCGCUUGUUGCGUGUCACCGAAGGUGGUACACCUUUGCUGGUGGGUUCGUUUUUGUUAGCAAAUGAAGUGGCUGUGAUCAUCGCCGGGUCGGUGGCCGACCUCUCGGACCCGAAACCGCCUAUGACACUCGCCUUCAACUGGCUAUUCAUCUGGAAUCUGGUCUUGGUGUUCAGCAUUCACCCAGCACGCGCGGUGCGAGCCAUGCAGGGAGUGGCCGUGGGGGUACUCCAGGCCUCCCCCAUGAGCCUGGGCCGACUGUACGCGCCCGGGGUCCGCAAGAAUCGGAUCAUCUCCUUGAUGACGGCGAUGGCUCCCAUCGGGUUCUUGAUCGGAUGCCUCAAGGGUGACUUCGAUGCCCUGGGGGCACUCUGCGCUGCAGCAGGCUGCGGACUCGUGGUCUUCGACCUGAACCAAGGCGCCCCCAGCGGCUGGCAGCCAUAUAGGUAUUCCACCAUCAUCGCCGGGAUGCUCUGUUUUGGGCUGUUCUAUCUGGCCGAGCAGCGGGCCGCACGCCCGUUGACCAACACCCGUCUCUGGACAACUCCAGGGUUCACCCCAUUGACAAUCUCCUACUUCCUAGGCUAUGGCGUCUAUAUCGGCGGCUGGAUGUUAUACGCCGCGCCCGCGGGCAGUCUGUUGGUGACCAACCAGAAUCUGUCUGCGGCCAUUGGGACCGCUCUUGCGGAUGCCGUUGGGCAGCGCGUGAAUCACGGCGCUGGGUUAAUGCCCCAAGAUAUAGCACGAAUUGCCCAUCUGCAGCCGGAACGGAAGAUGGAUACCAGGCUUGCACCAUCCCCCCUCCUACAGCCACGAGUCAUGCCCGAGUGA